AUGGCCCCAGCUCCUAUUGACCCGCGUAUUGUGGACGUCGCGCCGCCUCGGAAGGAUACACUGGCCCUGCCGUCUGCAGCUCGAGAACGUCUUGAGAAAUCGGGGGUGGAUCUCUCUGCCGGUUAUCCCUAUCGGCCUUCUCGUCCGCUCUACCUGGACGAUGUCUACAGUAUCCGCAACGAGCACCGCGAGCAUGUCGACCCUGGCUCUCGGGCUGAUCCCGAAAAGAAGGCCCUACUCUCAGCAGCCAAGGAGGUGAUCCAUCUGACAAGACACAUUGGAACGGAGAUUGUCGGUCUCCAACUCAAGGACCUUACCGACCAGCAAAAGGACGAGCUGGGCCUCUUGAUUGCUGAGCGAAGCGUCGUCUUUUUCCGAGACCAAGACCUCUCCCCACAGCAGCAGAAAGAGCUAGGCCAAUGGUUCGGCGAGGUCGAAGUCCACGUGUUGAACAAUCUACAGCCCCAAGUCCCGCAAGUCCCCGGGGUCCCGGGCGUCAGCGUCCUCUGGCCAGCUCUCAUGGCCAGCGAGAGCGUCGCGCCCGGGUUUCGUCGCCCAGGAGGUGCUUCUCGCUGGCACACCGAUCUCGUCCACGAGCGCCAGCCUGCCGGGGUCACCCAUUUGCACAAUGACACCGUCCCCACCGUGGGCGGCGACACUCUCUGGGCCAGCGGAUACGCCGCGUACGAGAAGCUGUCUCCAGCCUUCCGCAAGAUCAUCGACGGAAGAACCGCCAUCUAUCGCUCUGCUCAUCCAUACCUGGAUCGCAGCAAUCCCGAGGCAGGUCCUAAAUACGUCGAGCGGGAGCAUCCGCUUGUUCGCGUCCAUCCUGCGACCGGGUGGAAGGCUCUCUGGGUCAACCGAUCCAUGACCGAUCGCAUUGUCGGCUUGGAUAAGGCCGAGAGUGACCUCAUCCUGGGGUAUCUGUACGAUGUGUACGAGAAGAACGUUGACAUCCAGGUGCGCUUCAGGUGGAGUCCAAGGACCAGUGCGCUUUGGGAUAACAGAAUCACGAUCCACAAUGCCAGCUGGGAUUACGAGGGCUCGGAGCCCAGACACGGAACUAGAGUGACUUCUCUGGCUGAGAAGCCAUUUUUUGACGCGAAGGCGCCCACUCGUCGCGAGGGAUUAGGUCUGCUGGGCAAGGAUGAGAUCGAAGAAUUGGGCAAGCAGUGA